ACCACCGAUUCCUCGUUGCAAAAAAACAAAAACUAGCCUCUGAUCCACCUAUGCUACUCGACACAUAAAAGAGCAGAAACCCCCGACCCAGGUCCACGUGCCCCAUCCCAUAUCAUACCCAUGUCGUCCCAUGCGCAGGCGUCACCUCCAAACCUGCAACCUCGCGACCUGCAACCUCCGGACCUCCCGCCACCUCCCCCCUCUUGGGCCGCGCACGCCCGCCGCAGUCUCAAAACUUUCAACCUCCAACAACCGCCGAGUUUUCAGAGCAACGACAUCCCGGCAAACACACGGCCUUUUCUGUUCCUCCCAGCGUGCACACCCUCGUGUCCACCCCCGAACCGACGCCCCGAAAAAAGCAAGAAAAACGCCCUGUUUGCGGACAUGUCUUCUCCCCCCGAGCCAGCCGCCGGGACAGGCCUCAAACGGCCCCGUUCCCCCGGCGCCACCGCCGCCGUGAAGCCGGAAUUGCCCAGCGGCGGCCUGCUGCAGCCGCCCGAGGAGCCCGGCAGCUCUUUUCCCGCGGAAAAUGCGCCCGCCACGGCGGGUUCUGCCGACGCCCAAACCACGGCCUCUGACGACGAGAAAAGCGCCGGAACCGGGCCCCAGCCGGGCGCAACCGGCGCCGACGAGGCCGCCAGCGAUGCCGACAACGGCGGCGGCGGCGACGAUGACGAUGACGAUGACGAUGACGACGACGACGACGAAGACGACGAUUUGAGCGUCUCCCGCAAGGCCAAGCGCAGGCGCGCCAACCAGUUCCUCGAUAUCGAGGCCGAGGUCGACGACGAGGAGGAGGACGAGCUCGACGAGGACGACGAGGAGGCGGAGCUUUUGCGCGAGCAGUUCAUCGCGGACGACCACGCCGAGCGCGACGUGGCCGUGCCCGACGCCGCGGACGACCGGCUCCACCGCGAGUACGACCAGCGGCGGCAGAAGGCCGAGGACCAGGACGCGGAGCAGUUGGCCGAGACGUUGAAGCAGCGGUACCGCAAGACGCACACGGUGUACCGCGGCGACACCGCGGCGAGCGGCACGGUGUCGCAGAAGCUCCUCAUGCCGUCGAUCAACGACCCGGCGAUCUUCGCCAUCCGGUGCACGCCGGGGCGCGAGAAGGACUUGGUGCGCAAGCUCCACGAGAAAAAGCGCACGUUGGCGCGGCUGGGCAAGCCGCUCGACCUCUUGUCGGUGUUCCAGCGCGACGCGUUCCUGGGCUACAUCUACAUCGAGGCCAAGAAGCCCGAGGCCAUCCAGCAGGCGCUCACGGGCAUGGUCAACGUGUACGCGACGCAGCGCAUCAUCGUGCCCGUCAGCGAGUAUCCGGACUUGCUCAAGCAGGUCAAGUCCUCGGACGUGGAGAUCGUGCCGGGCAUCUACGUGCGCGUCUCGCGCGGCAAGUACAAGGGCGACUUGGCCAUCGUGGACAACCUCUCGGAAAACGGGCUCGAGGUGCGCUGUAAGUUGGUGCCGCGCUUGGACUACGGCAAGAACGACGAGUUCACGCCCGACGGCAAGCGUGUCCGCCUGAAGGUCCGGCCCGUCCCGCGGCUCUUCAGCGAGCUGGAGGCCCGCACAUACGACGCCGACUACUUGCAGCCGGGCCGCGGCCCGCGCUCGUACGUCUACCGGGGCGAGGAGUUCAUCGAGGGCUUCCUUCUCAAGGACUUCAAGUUGCAGUUCAUACAGACCAAGGACGUGCACCCGAGCUUGGAGGAGUUGGACCGCUUCCAGACCGGCGCCACCGAGGAGGACGGCUUGGACCUCGCGGUAGUGGCCGCGUCCUUGAAGAAUAGCAAGUCCUCCGACGGCAGUCGAUCCAGCGCGUUCCAACCGGGCGACAACGUGGAGAUCCGCCGCGGCGAGCAGGCAAGGACCACCGGUAAGGUCACCGGCGUCUCGCUCAACGAGGUCACCAUCAUUGUCACCGAUGCGGGCGAUUCGAAGUUGGUCAACCAGGAGUUGACGGUCACCGCCAGUGACUUGCGCAAAGUGUUUGCGCUUGGCGACCACGUCAAGGUCGUGGGCGGAAAGCACACCGACCAGACCGGCUUGGUGAUCAAGAUCGAUGGCGAGUCCGUCGUUUUGUUGAGUGACCAGACCCGCGAAGACGUGCGUGUCUUCGCCAACUACCUCAUCAAGGCAACCGACUCUUCCACCAGCGUUGAUAUGGUCAACAGCAAGUACGAGAUCAAGGACUUGGUGCAAUUGAACGCCUCCACGUUUGGUGUGAUCGUCAAAGCCGAGACGGGCUUCUACGGGGUCCUCACGUCCGACGGGCGUGUCGUUGAGGUGAAGCCAACCGGUAUUGCCGCGAAGCUCAAGUUGACCAGGAGGGAGCAGGUUGCCACAGACAAGAACGGCCUAACCAUCAAUGUCGGCGACUCCGUGAAGGAGAUGGGCGGCGACAAAAGAAAGGAAGGAACGGUUGUCCACAUCCACAAGAACACCUUGUUUAUCGAGUCGCAUGAGCUCAACGAGAACUUGGGUAUUUUUGUUACCAACGCCCUCAAUGUCAACACUGUGUCCACCAAGAACUCGAUGGUGUCCAAAACCCUCGGUCCCGACUUGAGCCGCAUGAACCCGAACUUGAAGCUCGCUCCCAUGGCAGCUCCAGGUUCUAAAAUGCGCAGUGGCGGCCGCGACAAGUUGAUCUACAAAGACGUUGUCAUCAAUAGCGGAAACCACAAGGGCCUCAUGGGCAAGGUCGUUGAGACCGACGACGUUGACGCCAGGAUCGAAUUGCACACCAAGUCCAAGAAGGUCAAGGUCAACAAAACAAAGCUAAGCGUGCUUAUCCGCGGCGAAAGCAUUCCGUACUUGCGGUUCAUCGGUGCAGCCGAUGGAGGCCCACGGCCUGGCCCAGGCCUCUCACUGGCACCGGCCUUUUCGUCCGGAGCUAGAUCCGCGUGGGGCGGAGCCACCCCGUCCGUCAAUGGCGGGGCUGCAUCUAGCUGGGGCGGCAAAACCCCUUCUGCGUCCGGCGGAAAUGCUUCUGCUUGGGGAUCGAGUGGCGGCGCCUCGUCUUGGGGCUCUGGCGGCGCCUCGACGUGGGGCUCCAACAACCCUGGCGGAGCUUCUGCUUGGGGCUUUGGUGGCGGUGGCGGUGGUUCAGCGUGGGGAGGCGCCACUGGCGGUGGAAACUCGACGUGGGGCAGCAAUCAGAACCCUGGCGGGAACUCCGCGUGGGGCUCCAAUGCCACCAACGGCAGCAACUCGACGUGGGGAGCCAACCAGAGAAGCGGCGGCAGCUCUGCCUGGGGCAGUAAAGGCGGCAGUUCUGCGUGGGGCAAAUCGGGAAGAACCUCUUCGUGGGGCAAUCAGGCCGGUGGCAACUCUGCAUGGGGACUGAACUCUGGCGGAGGCAACUCGUCAGCGUGGGGCAGCAAGUAGGGCCAAACAAUGUACAGUAUAAUAUAACGGAUGCGACUUUAUUGAUUCUACUUGUUGAUGCUUGAUGGGUUGAGCUGGCUCAUAGCGAUGGGCCCCGACACGGCGAAGCAACAACGUCUCGCGCUCUGGAGGGAAAUGGUGUUUGUGGCUUGUGUACCCUGGAUCUUACCUGGAGGACUUUUCGGAGGCAGCGCAGGUGUGGCAAGCGGAGGACCCGAUAUAUCUCCGUCCCCGCAGAGCAGCGCCUUGACGCUCGCUUUCUGGUCCUGGUGCCAUGUUUCUGGGUCGGCCGGGGUGGUU